AUGGAGAAGUUAAUGAGGAUGAAAUUAGUCACAAUUUUUCUGGUUUUAUUUGGCAGAGUAUCAAAUAUUGCAAUUGCGCAAACUACCAAUCCAGCAUAUCCUGCAGUGUUUGCUUUUGGCGACUCAAUAUUUGAUACAGGAAAUAAUAACAACCUUGCAACUCUAUCUAAAUGCAAUAAUCCUCCCUACGGAAGGGAUUUCUAUGGCGGACGACCUACCGGAAGAUUCGGUAACGGCAGAGUUCUAUCAGAUUUGAUAACGGCGUCUUUGGGAGUGAAAGAUACCUUACCAGCAUUCCUAAACUCGGCUUUAUCCGAUAAAGAUCUUCCUACUGGUGUAUGUUUUGCAUCAGGAGGUUCAGGGUUUGAUGAUUUGACUGCAAACUCGCAGGGAGGAGUUUUGACAAUGGGCGCUCAACUGAAUUUUUUCCAACAAUACAUAGCAAAGUUGAAAGCAUCGGUUGGACCAGAAAAAGCUUCAGACAUCAUAUCCAAAGCCUUGUUUAUAAUAUCAGCAGGAAACAAUGACGUUGCAUUCGCUUAUUCUUUCACUAUUCGAAGAACUAUGCUUUUUAAUGUAUAUGCUAGUACUUUAGUUACAGCAGGCCAAAAUUUCCUCAAGAGUUUAUAUCAACUGGGAGCACGACAUGUGUGGGUUAUGAGUACAAUACCAUUGGGAUGCUUACCUGCAGCUAGAACUCAAGUGGGAGGACCAUUAAGGUUAUGUGUAGAUUACGAGAAUGGAUUAGCACAAAUGUACAAUGGCAUGUUAUCAGCCGGAGUUUCGAGUCUUAAAGCCUCUCUUCCCGAUUACGAUCUUAAGUUCGUCGAUGUUUAUACUCCUAUGCUUAAUAUCAUACACAAUCCUUCCGCAUCAGGGUUUCAAAAUGUGUUGAAUGGUUGUUGUGGAACUGGAACAUUUGAAAUGGGAGCUCAAUGCAACAUGUUAACGUUCCAAUGUCCAAGUACUGCAGCUUAUUUUUUCUGGGAUGUUGCUCAUCCUACAGAAAGAGCUUAUCAACUCACUGUUGCUCAAAUACUACAAGCUCAAAACUAUGAUCUUACUAGUUACCAUAUUUCAAAAGCUCUUCAUCCUUUGAAUGUAUCAAGUCUUAGUUUUAAUAAUUAA